CAUCAGUGGAGCAAAGCUCACUAUCUUCAAAUCAGCCUCUCCUGGUUUACUUCAACAGCUGCAGCCAUGAAUGUAGGCAUCUGUGUUUGUGUUAUCCUGGCUGCUUUGUCCAGUGGUUCCCUGAGUCUGCCUUCACAAUCAAUUACAGCUGAAAGUACGGCUCUUCUCUCAGGCAGCGGAUCUCUCCCUUCUCCCAGCCUGAAACGGCAGGCUCGCUCCGCUCCAGCGCCCCUCUCAGGGCAUCUUAUCAACUACAGCCAGCACCAAGAGGACACAGACACUCCAGACAGCCUGAACCAGCUUCUGGCCAGACUCAUCUCUAGGAAAGGCUCUGCCUACCACACCAGAUCCUCCCUCAGCAGCAGAGCCAGUGGUCUCCCCCCCAACCACAGGAUAAAGGACAGAGAUUAUCUCGGCUGGAUGGACUUUGGACGGCGUAGUGCAGAGGAGUACGAAUACUAGUCCUGAAGGCACGGCUUUGUUUCUUCGAACGCUGAGCCCAAAACCUCCAACAUCACCAGUUAAAGUUUUUAUUUUUAGAAAUCUGGAGCCCUUUUCACACUGCACUCUCAGCCCACCAGAGCUGACUUAGUGAGAAGUAUAUCUCAGCACAUAUCCUUCAAUCUACGAACCACAAACUUCAAUCCAAAACUUACGGCACAUUAUUGUAUAUUUGUGUUGCUGUUAAGACCAAAGGUAGCAAUGCUUGUCCAUCCCGCAGUGCUUUCUUAGUCCCUCAUUCUCUCUGUGGUUUGGAUGGUAAUCACUAAAAAUGAGGCACAAAAAUUUUUUUUCAUGGAAAAAAGGUGUUUUGAUUUCUUAAAAUAUGGGGUGUUAUGGCCCGUCUAGGCACGGCCAGACCACAACAUAAAGGGUGAUCCAUCCCCGUCCAACCCCAAGCAGCACGUCACACACUUAAUAUUUUGUGACAGUGAUUUAUUUACAAUAAGUGCGUUAAACCAAGGAAGGGAGUAUGGGGUCAUUGUAAUUUUCUAACCAGCAGAGUUUUUAAUUUGUUUGGCAGUACUUUCAGAGUUGGAUAAAUCUAAAUUAAUUUAAAAAACAAACAAUCUUAAAACUGUGAUAAAGUUACAUGAGUAGCUCACGAUCUGCUAAUACUAUUAGGCACUGGUUACACAGCAGAUGCUUGUUAGCAUAAAUUCAUUGUUAGUUAAGUUGUUUUUGACAAAUGCAAUGUUAGCUUUUUGGCGUUAACAGAUCAGUGAAGAAACAGUAGGUCUGGUAUAACAAUGGGAAAUGCCACAUUUCUGUUUCAGUGGAUAUACAGAGCUUAACUAAGAAAUCACAAAUAUUUUAGCAAUGAGUCAAAACUUGUUUAAAACUAAAAAAGAUCAUUUAUCAUUUAGUAUGCAAUAAAUAAAGGGAAAUCAUGUUUAUAUGACUAAAUUUAAGCCAGUCCUCUGAGAACUGCACUAAAAACAUCAUUUCGAUUAAUAUGCUGCUGGAUUAACCUAUUAUAGAAACAUUAAAAAUGAUUUUGGCAAUUAUCAGUAUUGUUAAUUUAGGGCUUCUGUGACAUUAAACUUACACUGGGUGGAGAUCUAAUUAAUUUGUUUAGCACUGUAAAUUCAACAACUUCAACUGUUAAAAGGCAAAAAAAUUACAAAAAGCUGUUAAACAUAACACCCUUUAAAUAUAUUUCCAGUGAGAAAAAUCAGUGUCUUAGGAUUUAGACAUUUGUAUUUUAAAGUACUGUUAAAAUGUUUAAUUUUACUGAGCGUUACUGUAUGAAUGUAUCUGUAGACUUUUAAUGUGCCCUUAAGGUGUCCUCUGCAAUCUAAUCUUCAUAAAAUUACACAAUAAAAAAACAAAAACGACACAACAAUAAAAAGCAUGUUAUUUCAUAUCACACCAUGCUCAACACUGAAUGUGACACAUCAUUCAAAAGUCUUUGAUCGUGCUAGAAACUGGGAGAAUUGGGUAAAAAGUGGAUAACAUGGCAGGCUGCUGCAGUGUGCAGUGUGAAAAGGGCAAAACAGGUUUUGACAAGCACAAAGUGUUGUCUGUUUUAUACCUGGGAGUCUCCCUGACUUUGCAUAAUGGACUUCAGUGGCAGACACAAUAGCAUCAGGAUGCUGCAGAUAUUAAAUCUACAGAUUAGAAAUGUUUUCUUUAAUUUUCUUUUCUUUUUUUUAAAGGCCUUUAUCGUAUAUAAAGGUUAACUCUCUGUAUUAAAUCAUUUGUUUCUACAGAGUCAGUGAAACUUCAAAUAAAGCUUUGUUUUCCUCCAAUGUCA